GCAGUCGGCGACAGCGCCUCAUUCUGUUCAUUGUGUUGCAGUUUGCAUUUCGCCUCCUUCGUCCUGAGUGUCGGCAUAAGUUGGUAUAUACCCUUGCACCUCGCCGUCGACCGGACCGCUACAUUAGAGCGGUGGGCCAACUUGGCAGCGCAAUUCUUCCCUCCUGCUUCCCACAACCCUGCCCAUCCAUCCCAACCUCCCGCUCGCUUUUGACCGAUAACAUCAACCGGUCCAUCGCCUUGACUGCUCGACUGCUUUUACGGGAGUCGCAGAACCAUCGUUAUUCUUGCUUUCCGUGCAUCCUACAUAGACCAUGGCGACACCGCAGUCGAUCAAGUGCGUCGUCACAGGUGACGGUGCUGUUGGCAAGACAUGCCUGCUCAUCUCCUACACCACAAACGCCUUCCCGGGCGAGUACAUCCCGACGGUGUUUGAUAACUACUCGGCGCUGGUGCAAGUCGACGGCAAGCCGGUCAGCUUAGGGCUGUGGGAUACCGCGGGACAAGAGGACUACGAUAGACUGCGGCCGCUGUCAUACCCCCAGACCGAUGUCUUCCUCAUCUGCUUCUCAGUCGUCAGCCCCCCGUCGUUUGAUAACGUCGCGGACAAGUGGCACCCCGAAAUCAGCCACCACGCGCCUGGCGUUCCAAUUGUUCUCGUCGGAACAAAGAUUGAUAUGCGAGAUGACCCGGAGACGAUACAGAAGCUAGCGGAGAAGAAGAUGUCGCCUAUCCUCUACGAACAGGGAAUCCAGUGCGCUAGGCAGAUCAAGGCUUGCAAAUAUGUGGAGUGCUCCGCCUUGACGCAGAAGAACCUCGCGGGUGUAUUCGACACUGCCAUCCGAGCCGCACUGGGAAUCUUGCCCAUUCCAAACGAUAGCAAGCAGAGCAAGAAGCCCUCCAAGUGCCUGAUCCUCUGAUCAUCAUCUCCGUUACGGACCCUCCUCUACAACACGACGACAGACGACGACCCAUAAUGCAUGCACACAUACCACAAUCUAUACCCCCAAUCACGCCCCGCCUGGAUUUUUUGUUUUUUUUUUGGAUUGGCACUUGGAAGUAUGCUUCCACACACGUGGUCGGCGACGUCUUCGGUGGUUCCCGGGCCUAGGCUGUGAGAUGACGACAGACAGAGGCGGCGCUUUGUUUCGGCGAGGGAAACGGCAACAGGGGAUCGUGGUGCCCUAAAUCACCCACAACCCCCAUCGUCUUUCGCACGUUUACCUGGCGGUCCUGGGCGGGGUUUGGGUGCUAUCUAGGUAGUUUCUGUUGUGCCCCAUGAUUCUGCUGGUACGCACCAUCCCAGCAUCGGCGCACUUCUUCUUCUACCAUGCAGGGUCGCGAUUUGUUUGCAUCGUUUCAGAACGCAGAGAGGUCUCCUUCAGCUUCUUUUUGUCUUCGUCAUUCUCCUUUUCUCCUCUGGAGGUGAACUCGAAACAGGCUAUCGGCAGGGACAAGCGAGAGUUGUCGACAGCGGGGUAGAUAAUGACUACACAGUUGAAUGCGAAAUGCGGCCCCCCUUUAUUUUCUGGAUCAUAUACUCCAUACUAUCCCCUCCCGUGACGCGAAAUGGUGAUAAAACUUUUCCUGAUCCGUAGAAAGUGGGUAUCUUGUGUGUAGCAGCACUGAGCAUGAAUAUCCCGGUACCUUCUUCACUCACUCACUCACUCCCUCCCUCCCUACUCCUGCUCGUCGGUUCAAUUCUUUGCAUACGGAACCCUCCCUCGCCGGCUCGGGUGUAUCGCUUCUUCCUCCCGCUGCUCCUGCGUCUUGCCGCCCACCGUCGCCGUGGCCGUCUUCUCAUGCUUGGCCUCCUCUUCCUUCUGCAUCCGGUGCGCCCGCUCCUCGUUGAGCUUGGCGUUCUUCUGCUUGAUCUUUUCUAGGCGCGCUGCCGUCUUGCCACCUCCGCCAGCAGUCAGCUCGACAUUGAUCCGCCUCGGCGGCGACUUGCCGUCGUCGAACAGGGUGUGGUGGAACUUUUGCAGGCACGUCUUCAUGCGGUCGUAGCCGCCAAACUCGACAAAGGCGAUGCCGCGCGACUUGGUCGGGUCGUCGCGCCGCGUGAGCAGCCGGACCGACGUGGGCUGCAGCGUCGCAAAGUGCGCGCGCACGCUCUCGGCCGUCGCGGUGUAGGGAAGGUUGCCGACGAAGCAGAUGAAGCGGGUAUGCUUGCCACUAUUAUUAUUAUUAUUGUUGUUGUUGUUGUUGUUGGUGGUGGUGGUGGUGGUGGUAGUGGUGGCGCCGUCAGCGGCGGCGGCGGCUUCUUUGUUGUUGUCGCCAUUG